AUGGCGACCAAUGAAAGUCUUAGUUAUGAUAAUGGUGAUAUAAAUCGCAUUUCUCGUGAUUAUGCGGUAAUGAGAUUGGAAAUUAUGGAACAAUCAGACCUAUUGGGAUUUUCUGAAGUAGACUUUAAGGAUUUGGCAAACGAAUUUCAUAUAGCACAAUAUAAAAAAUGUGCUUCUAACUUAAAUAAUAACAAUAGUGAGCCACAGACAUCUGUGAAAUUACCCAAGAUCAGUAUUAAACCUUUUGACAGUACCAUAGACAAUUGGAUUUCAUUCAUACAAUUGUUUGACUCUCUAGUUCAUAAUAGAACGAAUAUAUCGAAUGUAGAAAAAUUACAUUAUUUGUUGUCAAGUGUUCAGGAAAAUUUAGCCAUAUUAGAAAAAUAUAAAUUGCCAGAUAAAAAUUUUAUGCUAUUCCAUUUGUUGUGGUCUAAACUUGAUAAAGUUACAAAGGAAGCAUUCCAACUUGAUCAGAAUACAGAGGAUAUUCAGGAUUCUAUUCCUAAGUUUGAACAUUUACAAAAGUUUAUUGAGAAGCACUAUAAAGCGUUACAAUUGCCUAUAACUAAAACACAGCAGUCUAUAAGCGGUAUUGGUCAUUCUACAGCACAACCACUUGGGUCAUCGUUUUGUGAAAUUAAACCGAUAAACUCUUCAUCACCAUGUAAUUUUAAUUUAAAGGCUUUAGUGUUAUCGUCGAUUUGUGCUCAUCAACCAAGCCAGUAUAUUAAUUCUGCAGAUUGGUCUCACAUAAAUAAAUUAUCACUUGCCGACUCUGACUUCGAUCGUCCUGGUCCAAUUGAUAUGCUUUUAAGCGCUGGUGUUUUUGCUUCUGCACUGCUCCCUGGUUUAAGAAAAGGUAAAGUAGGACAACCACGGGCUUUGCGCACUGUAUUUGGUUGGAUUAUUAUGGAUAAUAAUAUUAAAAGAUUUUGGGAGAUAGAAAAUGUCACAUCUUCUUCAAAAUUGUCGAAGGAAGAUCAGAUUUGUGAACAAUACUUCGUUAAAAAUUCUCAUCGUAAUCAUGAAGGGAGGUUUAUUGUACCCUUACCUUUCAUUGAUCCUAAUAAUAAACCCAUCUUCUCAAAUUCGCGGGAGAUAGCUAUGAGAAGGUUUUUGUCGCUUGAAAAUAAAUUAAAAAAUAAUUUUGAAUUUCGCCAGCUAUAUACUUCUUUCAUGGAAGACUAUGAGACAUGUGGUCAUCUUAAAGAAGUCAAUGUUCCAAUCAGUAGUGUCGGCGAAUUUUAUUAUAUCCCUCAUCAUGGUAUAUUACGGCCUGAAUCAGUUACAACUCCACUUCGUGUCGUAUUUGAUGCCAGUGCAAAAGAUGCUAAUAAUCUGUCCUUAAAUGAUACUCUUUUGCCUGGUCCUAAGCUUCAAUUAAAUAUCACUGAUUUAUUAUUGCGUUUUCGUUGGCACUCUGUAGUUUUCACAGGUGAUAUUAAACAAAUGUACCGUCAAAUAAUGGUUUCUGAUAAAGAUUCGGAAUAUCAGCGAAUUCUGUGGCGAUCUUCACCUGAUGAACCUAUUCGAGACUAUAAACUCCUUACAGUCACGUAUGGCGUGUCGUCUGCUCCUUAUCAAGCGCUGCGUACAAUUGCUCAAGUGGCUGAAAACUCGGCAACGGAAUUUCCAUCGGGAUCCGCUGUGUUGAGUCGUGAUAUUUAUGUGGAUGAUGUGGUAUCAGGAGCUGAAUCUGUCGAAAAGGCUUUAAGCAUAAGAUCGGAAUUGACUAAAAUGUUGUCGUCGAAUGGGUUCCAUUUACGAAAGUGGACCUCUAAUCAUAAAGAUUUCUUGAAUAAUAUUAAACCAUCUGAUUUGUACUCAGAGGAAUUUAGGAGUUUCGAAGAAGCCUCUGAUGUCACACUUAAAAUUUUGGGACUUUUGUGGAUACCAAGUGUAGACUGCUUUACAUUUAAAGUUGCUGAAUUCGAAGAGCGGCGACUCACAAAAAGAACAAUAUUAUCGGACAUUGCACGAAUCUAUGAUCCUUUAGGUUUUCUUGGUCCUGUUACAUUCUACGCUAAGUAUCUUAUGCAGCUUCUUUGGACUUCGGGCGUUUCUUGGGAUAGCGAUAUACCUGAGGAUAUUGCCAGGGAAUGGUCGAAGUUCAAAUCUCAAUUAUCGUCUUUGUCGUCUAUUUCUAUCACUCGUCGUAUGGUCAACUCUUUUGUGUCUCUACAGUUUCACGGUUUUUGUGAUGCUUCAGAGCGUGGAUAUUGCGCUGUCGUUUAUUGUCGGUCUGUCGAUGCAAAUGGUUGUUGUUCUGUCGAAUUUUGCUGUGCAAAAACUAAGGUUGCACCUCUUCGUAAACUGUCGUUACCUCGAUUGGAGUUACAAGCUGCUGUUUUACUAGCAGACUUGAUAAAUUCAGUACUGAGUGCUUUGAAACCACUGCAUGAUAUAAAUAACAUUUUUGCUUGGUCAGAUUCUACUGUUGCUUUGUCGUGGAUAAAGUCAUGCCCAUCUAAAUGGCAGACGUUUGUAGCUAAUAGAGUAAGUCAUAUCCAAGACAUAGUCUCUCCUGAAUGUUGGCAUCAUGUUAGUACAAAUUUUAAUCCUGCUGAUGGAGGAUCACGCGGCAUGCAUCCAGCUGACUUAGUUAAACAUAAAUGUUGGUGGAAGGGGCCAGUAUGGCUAUCUGAACCUGAAGAAAAUUGGCCAGAAUCAUUGUUAAUUUUGCCAUCUUCUCAUGACGUUCAAGCAGAGCAAAAGAUUCUUUGUCUUCAAACUUCUUCUAAUGUCAACUUUGUCGAUCAGUUAUUAAAUAAAUUCUCGUUGCUAAUAACUUUGAAACGUGUAUUGUCGUUUUGUUUCCGGUUUAUUCAUAACUCGCGUCGAAGCAGUUCAAAUGAAAAAAAUGUUGGUCCUUUAUUGUCGUCUGAAACGAAUAAAUCUUUUAUGUAUUUAAUUAAAUAUGUCCAGCAAACUACCUUUUCGAAGGAAAUUGAUAAUUUGAAAAGAAACCGUUCGAAUUUACUUCCUAAAAGCUUACGUAAAUUGUCGUUGUUCCUCGAUGUUGCGGGACUUUUGAGGGUGGGCGGACGACUGGCUAAUGCCAAUGUAAAUUAUAAUGUCAAGCACCCCCUUCUCUUACCUCGCGAUCAUCGCCUAACUCAUCUCAUAAUUGAUGAUUGUCACAAAAAGUUUAUGCAUCCUGGUGCACAAACACUUCAGAAUAUACUGGCGCAAAAUUUUUGGAUUCUGUCACCUAAGAGAGCGAUUCGAUCUGUCAUAGCAGGUUGUAUGAAAUGUUUUCGGGCUAAGCCUCAGCCGGCUCCAGCCCCUCUUAUGGGCAAUCUGCCCGCUUAUCGUAUCAAUCAAAUUAAACCUUUUUCAAAUGUUGUCGUUGAUUACGGCGGUCCUUUUGAUAUUGCGUUAGGUCGUGGUAGGGGCGUAAAGACCUAUAAAGGCUACAUUUGCGUUUUUGUGUGCACUGCCACCAAGGCCAUUCAUCUAGAGCUUGCCUCAGAACUUACAACUGAAGCCUUUUUAGCCGCAUUAAAAAGAUUUAUCGCACGAAGAGGUCGUUGUAGCCAUAUUAUAUCGGACCAAGGAAGAAAUUUCGUUGGUGCUAGUAACUAUCUUGCUUCGAUCAUGAAAGAGAUUUCAGAAUCUCAAGAAAUAAAAUUUUCGUUAAGCCCACCUGGUAGCCCGCAUUUUAAUGGGUUGGCUGAAGCUGGAAUAAAGUCUAUCAAGGCUCAUCUGGUUCGGGUUAUUGGUCUUCAAAGAUUAACCUUUGAAGAAUUUUAUACAAUUUUAACUCAGAUAGAAUCAAUGUUAAAUUCUCGUCCUCUGUCGCCACUCAGCUCUGAUGCUAACGAUUUUUCAGUGUUAACCCCAGGCCAUUUCUUGACAUUGGAACCUUUGUCGACUAUUCCGGAAGAAAAUAUAACCAAUCAAACUAUUAGCAUCCUUCAGCGAUGGAAGCUAGUUAAAAAAAUCCAUCAGGACUUUUGGCUGGAAAAUAAAAAAGAUAUAGCUAAAAACAAUUUGAGGAUAAGUUUACAAAAAGACAAGUGUGCGGUGGAAAUAAAAAGUGGCUUCAGGUCUGCGGAAGUGUGCUGGUCACUAAUCAGUGACGAAAAAGAGCGGCGGAGUGCUGUAGCGGGGACAGUAGUCACCGAAGUCAAAAAAUAA